AUGUCCCAAGACUACGACGAUGAGGACUACUACCUACCAUUAGAAGACCAGCGUGUUUUCGGCGCUGGAAUCCGGCGCAAGAGAGUACCUUUUGUGCGCUCGGGAGAGCUGAAUACUACGGCCGGCUCAUCUUCUACUGGCACCAAUAUCGCAGAUACAUACCUGUCGAUCGUUCUGAAGCAACAAAACUCAUCGAAGACAUCUCCUUCCACGCCUACAAAUACAAAUACAAAUACAAAUGCGCCCGAGGACAUUCUACCGCCACCCAGAACAACUCAUUUCGCUCCACCAACAACAGAGACUAUUUCGCCUGCACCUCCAGUCCCUACAGAAAACGUCGAGCGUUCCAAAGACUCCACACAAAAUUACUGCGAAGUCUGCAACCUCCCCCUGUCAGAUCCACAAUCACAAUCAGAAUCACAAGAAACAACAUCCCGUCCCCACGAAGCCUCCCUAGCCCACCAAGUCUGUCUCAAACACUCCUACCCACCCAGCCAUCUCGAUCGUACCCGCGCAGGAAUGCGCUACCUAUCCACCUACGGCUGGGAUCCCGAUAGCAGACUCGGAUUAGGCGCAGCAGGGCGCGAAGGUAUCAGGGAGCCGCUGAAGGGCCGGAUCAAGCACGAUACAGCGGGAUUGGGAUCCGGACUUGAUAAAGAUGGAGAUCCGAUUAAGGUUCCUUUGCCGGUGAAGAAUAAGGUUGUAAAAUUGAAUCCUAAGGACAUGAGGAAGAAGGAGGCGGAGGCGAAGAGGAGGGGGAGAAGAUGA